AUGUUUGGAGGCGGAUCAAGACCUAAUUUCGGUAAUACAGGAAGUAGUUUAUUUGGUCAAGCAAACAAUAACAACAACACUGGUGUAUUUGGUGGCACUACCACUACCAAUGCUACUAAUUCAGGGUUUGGUGGAUUUGGUGCAGCAACCAAUAGUAACAAUGGUAUGUUCAAUUCUUUUAAUAAUAACAAUAAUAACAAAAACACUGGAUUAUUUGGGAUAGCAGCACCUGGUAGUGGUGGUAGCAGCAGCAGCACCAAUCCUUCUUUAAUGCUUAAUAAUAAUACUACUACGGGUACAGGUUUGAAACCUUUUAGUAGUUAUUCUGAACGUGAUGCGUCGACAAAUGUAACCAACCAUUACGAAAGUAUUACUUUUAUGGAUGAAUAUAAAAAUUAUUCUUUUGAAGAAUUGAGAUGGCAAGAUUAUCAAGCUAAUAGGAAAAAUCCUGGUGCUUCUGCUGGAGCUGCUGCUUUUAAUAAUACUAAUAAUAUAAAUACUAACAUGUUUGGUACUACUGGUAAUAAUAAUAACUCUUUAUUUAUUAACAACAAAACCAACUCUAACUCCACAGGAUUGUUUGGACAAGCGAAUAAUGCAAACAAUACGGCCAAUUCACCGUUUGGAGCCGCUAAACCGGCUGGCGGUUUGUUUGGUCAGAAUAACAGUACUACUACAGGUAUGAAUUCACCUUUUGGGGCUACUAAAACAACUGGCGGCGGCUUAUUUGGCCAAACUGGGAAUAACACCAACAACAAUGCGAUUAAUUCCCCAUUUGGUACCAAACCAGCUGCUGGUGGUCUAUUUGGUCAGUCUAAUGCUACCAAUACCAUGAAUUCGCCAUUUGGUCAAUCCAACAGUAAUGCUCAAGGCACUGGCAGUUUAUUUGGCCAAAACAACAACAAUAAUCUAGGUGGUGGGCUAUUUGGUCAAAACAAUACUGCUACUAACAAUGCUCAAGGCACUGGAUUAUUUGGCCAGACAAAUAAUAAUAAUAAUAAUAAUAAUAAUAGUAAUAAUAAUACAUCUGCAUUUGGCAAUGUGAAUGGUGCUAAUAAUAACAACAAUAAUUCUCCAUUUGGUGCAAUGAAUAGUAACCAAGGAGGCAGUCUGUUUGGCCAGGCUAACACUGCCACGCAAGGGACUGGUCUAUUUGGCCAAUCCAACACUGUUAACCGAGGGACCGGUUUAUUUGGUCAAGCCAACACUGGUAACCAGGGAACCAGUUUAUUCGGUCAGAAUAACACUACUUCUCAAGGUACAGGAUUAUUUGGUCAAAACAAUAACAAUACCAACACUCAAGGUACUGGGCUAUUUGGCCAAACCAAUAACACACAAGCUACAGGUUUGUUUGGCCAGAAUAAUAAUGCUACUCAAAAUACGGGCUUAUUUGGCCAGGCCAACAAUAAUACCAACAACAAUCAAGCAACUACUGGCGGUUUAUUUGGUCAAGCCAACAAUAACAAUGCUAACCAGGGCACAGGGUUGUUUGGACAAACUAACAAUACGCAAAAUACAGGGUUAUUUGGACAGACUAACAAUAAUGCCACAGGCACUGGCUUAUUUGGUCAAAAUAAUAACACACAAGGAACUGGCUUGUUUGGCCAAAAUAAUAACAUGAACAACAACAACAACACUCAGGGUAGUACUGGAUUGUUUGGUGCUAAACCUGCGACAGGUGGUGGCUUAUUUGGGAAUAUGAAUAAUAACAAUACCGCUGGCCAGACCGGUACCGGUGGGUUAUUUGGGCAGGCCACUAAUAAUCAAGGCACUGGCGGUUUGUUUGGCCAAAAUAAUAACAACACUGCAAGGAGCACUGGCUUAUUUGGCCAAACAAAUACCAACAAUUCUGCUUCUGGUGGAUUAUUUGGUCAAAAUAAUAACAACCAAACUACUUCGGGUGGCGGUUUAUUUGGUCAAAACAAUAAUACCACCGCCACAUCCAAUAUGAAUGCCAUGGGCGGAGGUGGUUUGUUUGGUAAUAAGCCUGCUACCAACACUGUUGGUGGGGGUGGCUUAUUUGGAAACAAUAACAACAAUCAAGCUGCUUCUGGUGGCUUAUUUGGACAAAACAAUGCCCUUGGUGCCAAUUCCGGCAGUACUUUGGGUGGUGGUUUGUUUGGUGCUAAACCUGCGGGGACUGGUACUAAUACCGGCGGUUUGUUUGGUAAUACUAACAAUGGUUCCAAUCUUGCUAAUAAUACAGCGGGUGGCGGUGGGUUGUUUGGUAACAAAUCAAAUACUACUACCUUAGGUGGUGGUUUAUUUGGUAACAACAACAACAAUGCUACGGCUGCUGGCACCACCAACACUUUGGGAGGUGGCUUAUUUGGUAACAAAUCUGCCAACAAUAAUAAUGCGUUGGGUGGUGGUUUGUUUGGUGCUAAACCUUCUAACACUGCUACUGGCACUGGCGGGUUAUUUGGUAAUGCCAAUAAUAUGGCUGGUACAACCACUACGAAUAAUACAUUAAACGGUGGUGGGUUAUUUGGCAAUACUAACAAUACUAGUAAUAUAACUGCACCAAAUACAACAACCCAAUUAGGAGGUGGUUUAUUUCAAAACCCAAACUCAUUGCAACAACAACAACAAAUUUCAACGUUGGGCCAAUCCUCCUCGACCCCAUAUGGGAACAAUGAAUUAUUUAAAAACUUUGCCAUGCCAAAUGGAAUCACAGAGCCACCCAAGCCAAGCGCUGUGAGAACUAAAGCUGAAAAGAAGAAGGAUUCCACCUUGUCGUCAGCUUAUAAAUUAGCACCCAAACCAUUAUUUGGUAAUAUUGAUAAUAGCACUCAUGACGGCAAACUUAAUUUUAAUCGUUUCCCUUCUGGCGAUUCUUCAUCCACCAAACAAAUUGAAGCCGGUGCAGCUGUUGGUACUGAGAUUAGUUUAUUCAAUAGGGAAAGUGACGAGGCUCUUUUAACUAAGAGUACUCUUUUUAACCCAAAUAAAAAGUCAUUUAAAAAUUUAAUUCUAAACAGAAAAGCCCAAGAAAAUGGCCCAAAAAAUAAGACACAUAAGAAUGCGAACGAAGAUAACGAUACCAGUGGUACUAACAAAGAAGAAGCCAGACAAAUCACCUUCAAGCUUGAUGGUACCAAUAACGUAGCCAGCGGGCCUGAAAAAACAACCACAAACGAGUCGUCUGCAUCUUCACCUUCAUCCGUUAAUGGUUCCAAAUCGCCAUCUCCAUUGUUUUCCAGGUCUACACACAAUAGAAGUACUACCCCGUUCUUACAAACACCAGAAGAUCUUGAGGAGAAAAAAUUGAAUAAUGGUGGCACCUGUGCUGAAAAUGGAAAAAAGGAAAAACCACUUGAUAACGUUGCUGAAACAGUGUCGAAAGAGGUUACUAUUGUUCCUAAAGAUGUUGGUGAAGAUAUCACUUUUACCGAAGAUGGGUAUUAUAUUUCCCCAUCGCUGGAUACAUUAUCACAAAUGUCGUUAUUAAAACUACGUAAAGUUUCCAAUUUAACUGUUGGACAUGAAAAAUAUGGUAAGGUUGAAUUUCUAGAACCUGUUGAUUUAUCCAAUGUGCCAUUAAACGCAAUUUGUGGGAAUUUAAUUGUUUUUCAACUAAACGAUAUGAGCUUGUAUCCAAAUGAAAUGGAAAUACCAGCCAAGGGUGAGGGGUUAAAUGUUAGAAUGAAAGUUUCUUUGUUAGGGUGCUAUCCGAUUGAUAAAAGUACCAAGCAGCCUAUUAAGGAUCCACAUCAUCCGGUUGUUAUCAAGCAUAUUCAAAAAUUAAAGAAAAUUACUGCUGUUAAAUUUGAGAAUUAUGAUCCAACCACUGGUCAAUGGACAUUUAUUAAAGAAUGA